CUUGUGGCCUGUGCUGCGUCAUGGAUCAAUCGCUUCUCCCGUUCCUGGCCGAGGCGUGUGCACAAGAAUUUUAACCUUCUUCUAUACUCCCCGCACUCCACCAUUUCUACCUUUCACAAAACUCCAAAAUUACAUCGCUUGUCCCGAGUCGUUUGUGAGAGGAAGAACCACGCGUCCGGCUUUUUCCACCUUUUCUCCAACCCUUCAAGCUCUUCACCCUGCAUCCCGAGGUCGACUACUGCCUACUUUCACCGCCACGACAAUCUUGCAAAGCCGCUGGCUCCUUCGCCCACAACAACACACCUCGCUUGGUCCCUCGCAACGUUGAACAGCAGUUCCUUUACACGUACCUAAACUCAGACGCGAUCCCAGAAUCCGCACCCUCUCAGCUGCCGCAUAGGACGCUACCUGGACUUCUUCCUCUAACCGGGGAAGAGUCGAGGAGGACUCGUCCACAACUGAGCUUGAAUUACGAGCCUUUCCGACCGCCUUAACAUCGCUGUACACAGCUCGGCCCACUACCUGAUACCAAUCAGUCCAAACAUAUUCUGUGUUUGGGCGUGGAAUGGCACCUUCCGCUAUCGACAAUUACGAAACUAGUACCAAUCUUUUAACCAGUACACCGGUUAAACAUCUCGCACCAGUCGAUCCUAGCCAUGGCGUUAAGAACCCAACCGCGCACCAACUGAUCGGACAGGCGCUGAAACAGCGCAUUGAUGCCAUCAACCCGGACACCUGCGAUGCAGGUGAAGAAGAUGCUUUCUUCGUAGCUGACCUCGGGGAGGUCUAUCGCCAGCACUUGCGCUGGAAGCUCAACCUUGGGCGUGUCAAGCCACACUAUGCUGUCAAGUGCAACCCUGACCCUCAAGUCCUGCGUCUGCUCGCUGCCCUUGGUACAGGCUUUGACUGCGCUUCGAAGGCCGAGAUCGAACAAGUUCUGGGAAUGGGCAUCGAUCCGGCUCGCAUCAUCUUCGCCCAACCAUGCAAGAUCAGCUCACACCUCAAGUAUGCCAACAAGAUGGGUGUCAAGCAGGUCACCUUCGACAAUGCUGAAGAGCUUUACAAGACGAAGAAGUUUUGUCCGGACGCUGACCUCUUUCUGCGCAUCCAAACGGAUGACUCUGCCAGUUUGUGUCGCUUGAGCAUGAAGUUUGGCGCUCCACUGGACGCGACGAAGGAUUUGCUGGAGCUUGCCAAAACCCUAGAGCUGAAUGUGGUGGGUGUGGCGUUCCAUGUAGGUUCUGGCGCCAGCGAUCCAAAUGCCUUCCUUAAGGCUGUCAAGGAUGCACGCCAUGUGUUCGAUCAAGCCGUCGAGUACGGAUUCAACAUGCACACGCUCGAUGUGGGUGGUGGAUAUUGCAACGAGACUUUCGAGUCCAUGGCAGCUGUGCUAUCUGCUGCGCUGGAUGAAUACUUCCCUCCCCACAUCCGCAUCAUCGGUGAACCAGGUCGCUUUUACGUUUCCACAGCUUUCACUUUGGCAUGCCUGGUCACUUCUCGUCGUACAGUUGUCGAUCCUACGUUGGACACCACUUCCUACAUGUUGUACAUGAAUGACGGAGUUUAUGGCAACUUCUCGUCGAUCAUCUUUGAUCACCAGCACCCAGUUCCGCGCAUUCUAAAGUGCGGAGACCGGUUUCUUCACGGUGUUACAACCAGUGGGUACGACACUCCAAAUGCCACAGAAUACUCUAUUUGGGGUCCUACAUGCGACGGCAUCGACGUCAUCUCUGAACGCACAACCUUUCAUGAGGUUCUGGACAUGGGAGAUUGGCUCUACUUCGAAGAUAUGGGUGCAUAUACGAAGUGCUCAGCAACGAGGUUCAACGGAUUCACUGACAAGCAUGAUGUUGUUUAUGUUUGCAGUGACAACGGGGCGGCUGCAUUGCUUGCCCAAAUGUGAAGCGUAAUGUUAAAGAAUAAGGAGAGGCUUUCAGAACUUUUACUUAGCGCAUUAUAGAAGUCAUUUCUGUUCUCUCGGCGAGGAAAAAAAUUUUUAUACAAGUGAGAUGGAGGAAGCCUUAAGAAAUAAAAUAAAAAAAAAUAGAUCUGUUCAGUUAGUGUUAGUUUUCUUAAAAACAGUGUUAAUUAGAGCAGUGUUUCGCACUUAAACAUUAGUUCAGGCAGAAUAAAUAAGCACUCGCUACCAGCAAAUACAUCUGAUCGAAUUCUGUUG